AUGCCAUUGCACAAGCAGAAACACAUCGAGUACAUCGUCUCAUUGGACAAACAGCAGAAGGAUUACCACUACUGGGCUACAGAACACUUGCGACUCAACGGGACGUAUUGGGGGCUCACUGCUCUAUGUUUAUUAGACUCGAAAGAUUCAUUCCAAAAACAAGAUAUCGUGGAUUUUGUACUAAGUUGUCAUAAUGAAGAUGGUGGAUUUGGUGCUUUCAAGGAUCAUGAUAGUCAUUUGCUCUCUACGUUAUCAGCUCUUCAAAUAUUACUCAUAUAUGACUCGUUAGAUGUAUUAUCUACUGAGGAUGUUGAUAAAUUGGUGAAAUUUAUAACAAGUUUACAAUUAGAAAACGGUGCUUUCCAAGGUGAUAGAUUUGGUGAAGUUGAUACAAGAUUCGUAUAUACUGCUAUUCAAUCCCUUGCCAUUUUGGGUAAAUUAAAUUCUCAAAUUGUUGAUGGUGCAGUGGAUUUCAUUAUGAAAUGUGUUAAUUUUGAUGGUGGUUUCGGUUUAGUUCCAGGUGCUGAAAGUCAUUCUGCUCAAGUAUUUACAUGCUUGGGGACAUUGGCUAUUGCCAAUAAAUUAGAUCUUGUAGAUCAAGAAUUAACUGGAUGGUGGUUAAGUGAAAGACAAGUUGAAAAUGGUGGAUUAAAUGGUAGACCUGGUAAAAUUCCUGAUGUUUGUUAUAGUUGGUGGGUUCUUUCUUCAUUAGCAUUAAUAAAUAAAUUAGAUUGGAUAGAUUAUGAAAAAUUGAAAAAAUUUAUAUUAGAUUGUCAAGAUGAUGUUAGUGGUGGGAUUAGUGAUAGACCUGGUAAUCAAGUUGAUGUUUUCCAUACAAUUUUUGGUAUUGCAGGUUUAAGUUUAAUGGGAUUUGAAGAUCUUGUACCUGUUGAUCCAAUGUAUUGUUUACCAGUUGAAGUUAGUAAAAAAAUUAAAAAAUGGCCUUACAAUGAUAAUGAAUAA